UGUCGCCCCGCCUCUGGUGAUUCUCUUUCCGUCUCCGGCCGCCGUAGAGAGAGGAGCCGCCGCCAUGUCCGCGCAUCUGCAGUGGAUGGUCGUUCGGAACUGCUCCAGUUUCUUGAUCAAGAGGAACAAGCAGACAUACAGCACGGAGCCCAAUAAUCUGAAGGCCCGAAACUCCUUCCGUUACAACGGGCUCAUUCACCGCAAGACCGUCGGAGUAGAGCCCGCAGCUGAUGGCAAAGGGGUCGUGGUCGUUAUGAAACGCAGAUCCGGUCAGCGAAAACCUGCCACUUCUUACGUGAGAACCACCAUCAACAAGAAUGCCCGGGCUACCCUCAGCAGCAUCAGGCACAUGAUCCGAAAGAACAAGUACCGCCCUGAUCUGCGUAUGGCGGCUAUCCGCAGGGCCAGUGCUAUCCUUCGAAGCCAGAAGCCUGUGGUAGUGAAGAGGAAACGGACCCGCCCCACGAAGAGCUCCUGAGCCCCACACCCAGAAGUAAUAAAGAGUCCACUGAUUUGUUCUGCCACCUCU